AUGGAUGUUGUCGCAGGGAUACCAUUGCACACCGUCCUCCUACGAGCAACUGCAUUAUGUUAUUACUUGAUCUUUGGAAGCGUUGGAGAUGCAUUGGUUCUCUCGGCCUGGUUGCUCUGGGCUAGAGGUCCUCAAAUCCUUACUCUCUUCGAAUUUAAUUUCUCCGAUAUAGUUAUACCAGCUCUUGUAGUAGCUAUAUCCACCCUCGUCUAUUUUAGUUACAAAUGGCGUCGUAGCGGGGCUAUAAACUCGCCAGUAUGGAAAGGCCCAGGACGGCCUUUACUAUUCCCUUGCCAGACAACACAUACUAGGUUCUUCCCGGAGAAACACUCAUUUUCUUAUUCGUAUCUCCUAGUUGGGAUUCCUGUCGGUUGGACUGGUGCCGCGGGCGGCAUGAUAUCAAACGACGAGCGCGGGACAAGCAUAGAGGGUUGGUAUAAAGUCGAUGCUGCUGACUACCUCGAAAGAGGGAAUGGGCAUCUCGGCUUAAGGGGCAAGCUAGAUGCUUACCUCGAAUCCCAAGGUGUUAAUGCUUCCGGAUAUCCAUAUGCGUACUUAGUUACUGCAGCGAAAUUUCUCGGUUACCAUUUUAAUCCUGUUUCUUUCUGGUACCUCUAUUCCGCCGACAAAUGUUUGGCGGCUAUGGUUCUUGAGGUUAAUAAUACGUUCGAUGAGAGACGAAUGUACUACUUAACGACUGAUGAUGCGAUGAAAUCAAUGGAGACGACCCCAACUGACUCCCUAGAUGGAAGCAAUGAGGCUCAUCGAGCCAAUAGCUCGAAACCACUAAAGCGAACUUGGCAGAAAGACUUCCAUGUAUCACCCUUCAACUCUAGAAAGGGGGCAUACUCACUCGCAGCGUAUGACCCUCUACUCCCGGAUAUGGAGGGGCGAGGUCCCAUCAACAAUACGAUAAAUCUGAUAUCAUCCAAAAGCCAUGCGAAAUUGGUUGCUCGUAUCUUUUCGAAUGGCGAUGCCAUUGACCCAACAGAAAUGACUUUUCUUCAAAAAUACAAAUUCUUGGCUUCUUGGUGGUGGGUCGGCUUCGUCACAUUCCCUAGAAUCGUAAAAGAGGCUGCACUUUUGUUUUUCCAACGAAAACUUCACGUCUGGUACCGACCAGAACCGCUCAAGACAAGUAUCGGUCGGCGUGCUGAUAGUACGGAACGACAACUCGAGCCGCUGUUCAGAGACUAUUUGAAACAUUUGGUAGAAGAUUCCCCUGAACCAUUAAUUGUUGAAUAUGCCCCCAGCGGCAUUGCAGAUGCGCGUGUUGCGAUAAUGAUGUCGACGUCAGCUCGAGAAAAUCCCGACGCCGCUGAAAGAAUGGAAUUCAGAAUAUUAACACCUGCAUUUUAUUCGAGAUUCGUAUAUUACGCCCAUGACUUCGAGGCCAUCUUUUGCGAGUUAAAUGAGAAUAAUACAAUCUGGGUAUCGAAGCCAGGACUAUUGCCAAAAUUGUUCGUUAAGAAACAGCCACCUCCGCUACUUCAAACCGCAAGUUAUCUGAACUACGGGUAUUUCACGGCGAUCAAAAACUUGCGGCAGAGGCCCGAGCGAAUUGAGCGCCCAUUAACUUCGAGUCAGAUAGGCACCACUACUCAUUCAAAAAAGGACAUCCGAGGCUUUAGACUUUCAUCCAUGGAUGGAUAUAUUCUGGCUCGUGAAGAUACGAGAUCUAGACGAUGCUACAGAAACUUGGUACUAAAACUAUUCAUCGCCGAUAGGAUUGCGAUGGGUAGUGUGGAUAUCCUACAACUAGAGCAUUGGAUUCUGAAGCUGUCAUUAGCUUGGGUUGCAAUAUCCUAA